CUGCGCCUGCAGGAGCGGCUGGUUAGAGGACACGGGAACCAUUGAGUACGUGAGAGAUGGAUAUGAUAUUUGGCAGAAAUAAAGAAGAACACCCAGAGCCCAUAAAAGCUGAGGUGCAAGGUCAGUUGCCCACUUGGUUGAAAGGGAUACUUCUCCGAAAUGGCCCAGGGAUGCACACAAUAGGGGACACUAAGUAUAACCACUGGUUUGAUGGCUUGGCUCUGCUGCAUAGCUUUACAUUUAAAAAUGGUGAAGUUUACUACAGAAGUAAGUAUCUCCGAAGUGACACGUACAACUGCAAUGUGGAAGCAAACCGAAUUGUGGUGUCUGAAUUUGGAACUAUGGCUUAUCCAGAUCCAUGCAAAAAUAUAUUUGCCAAGGCGUUCUCGUAUCUGUCUCACACCAUUCCUGAGUUCACAGAUAACUGCCUGAUCAACAUUAUGAAAACUGGGGAUGAUUUUUAUGCUACCAGUGAGACUAACUUCAUCAGGAAAAUUAAUCCGCAGACUCUGGAGACAUUAGAGAAGGUUGACUACAGCAAAUAUGUAGCUGUAAAUGUGGCAACUUCUCACCCGCACUAUGACAGUGCUGGAAAUAUUCUCAACAUGGGUACUUCAAUAGUUGAUAAAGGGAAGACAAAAUACAUUCUAUUUAAGAUUCCUCCUUCUGUGCCAGAAAAAGAAAAGAAGAAAUCUCAUUUUAAACAUCUGGAAGUGGUAUGCUCCAUCCCUUCUCAGUCUCUGCUCCACCCAAGCUACUGCCAUAGCUUUGGAAUCACAGAAAAUUACAUUGUCUUCAUAGAGCAGCCAUUCAAACUGGAUAUUGUCAAAAUGGCAACUGCUUACAUCCGAGGUGUGAACUGGGCUUCCUGCCUUGCCUAUCAUAAGGAAGAUAAGACUUGGUUUCACUUUGUAGACAAGAAGACUAAAAAAGAAGUAUCCACUAAAUUUUAUACUGAUGCUAUGGUGCUUUUUCACCAUAUAAAUGCUUAUGAAGAGGACGGCCACAUUAUUUUUGAUAUUAUUGCCUAUACAGACAAUAGCUUAUAUGAUAUGUUCUAUUUAAAAAACCUGACUAAAGACUUCGAAGAGAAGAGCAAGCUUACCUCCAUGCCAACCUGCAAACGAUUUGUUGUUCCUCUGCAGUAUGACAAGGAUGCUGAAGUAGGUUCUAAUUUAGUCACCCUUCCAUCUACCGCAACUGCUGUAAAAGAGAAAGAUGGCAGCAUCUAUUGCCACCCUGAAAUACUAUGUGAAGGAAUAGAACUGCCUCGCAUCAACUAUGACUAUAAUGGCAAAAAAUACAACUAUGUCUUUGCAACAGCAGUCCAGUGGAGUCCAGUUCCUACAGAGAUUGUAAAGUUUAAUGUCCAAACAAAGGAAAUGCUCUACUGGGGAGAGGAUCACUCCUGGCCAUCUGAGCCCGUUUUUGUUCCCAGCCCUGAUGCAAGAGAAGAGGAUGAUGGCAUUGUUCUGACCUGUGUUGUGAAGUCUGAUCCAAAGGAAGCACCCUUCCUACUUGUCUUGGAUGCUAAAACAUUCAAAGAAUUGGGCCGAGCCAUAGUAGAUGUAGAAAUGCCUCUGGACCUGCAUGGAAUGUUUAUACCAGAGAAAGAUUUGAAGACUGAGACUGAGUAAAAUGCUGUUUAUCCUAUUACACAGACUGAGACAACCUUCUACUGAAUGUGGGGUAGUAUCAUUCAGGAACAACCUUAUCACAAUAAAUGACUAAAUUUAGUCUUUUCAAUAACUACAUAUAAACUCUUAUAAGAGAUAGCAAUAACUUUUAUUACAAAUAAUUAUAUCCACAACUGGUAUGUAACUAUUCCAAAAGAAGAAUGAUCGGUAUUAAGUGCUAAUGCUGUACACAACUCGUGGGGCAGGGAAUAGGAGACAAAGGUAAC